CUUUAUGUUACUAUUUUAUCAGAUUGAGAUUCUUCAUCUCAGUGAGAAUCUCAGUGAACGUCCGUCUGCAUCACGUGAUCUCGCUCAAUUCAUCUGUAAGAUGAAUCAUCUGAAGAACCUCACACUCUACGGUCGGUAUCAUGAUGACUUCUACUCAACAGCAUCGUCGAUGGCAUCAACUUCAAAGAUUGAGAUUCUUCAUCACAAUGAGAAUCUCAGUGAACGUCCAUCUGCAUCACGUGAUCUCGCUCAGUUCAUCUGUAAGAUGAAUCAUCUGAAGAACCUCACACUCUUCGGUCAGUAUCAUGAUGACUUCUACUCAACAGCAUCGUCGAUGGCAUCAACUUCAAAGAUUGAGAUUCUUCAUCACAAUGAGAAUCUCAGUGAACGUCCGUCUGCAUCACGUGAUCUCGCUCAGUUCAUCUGUAAGAUGAAUCACCUGAAGAACCUCAAACUCUGCGGUCAGUAUCAUGGUGACUUCUACUCAACAGCAUUGUCGAUGGCAUUAACUUUAAAGAUUGAGAUUCUUGAUCUCAGAGAGAAUCUCAGUGAACGCCCCUCUGCCUCACGUGAUCUGGCUCAGUUCAUCUGUAAGAUGAAUCACCUGAAGAACCUCACACUCUUCGGUCAGUAUCAUGAUGACUUCUACUCAAUAGCAUCGUCGAUGGCAUCAACUUCAAAGAUUGAGAUUCUUCAUCUCAGUGAGAAUCUCAGUGAACGUCCGUCUGCAUCACGUGAUCUCGCUCAGUUCAUCUGUAAGAUGAAUCACCUGAAGAACCUCACACUCUGCGGUCAGUAUCAUGAUGACUUCUACUCAACAGCAUCGUCGAUGGCAUCAACUUCAAAGAUUGAGAUUCUUGAACUCAGACAGAAUCUCAGUGAACGUCCAUCUGCAUCACGUGAUCUCGCUCAGUUCAUCUGUAAGAUGAAUCACCUGAAGAACCUCAAACUCUGCGGUCAGUAUCAUGAUGACUUCUACUCAACAGCAUCGUCGAUGGCAUCAACUUCAAAGAUUGAGAUUCUUCAUCACAAUGAGAAUCUCAGUAAACGUCCGUCUGCAUCACGUGAUCUCGCUCAGUUCAUCUGUAAGAUGAAUCACCUGAAGAACCUCAAACUCUGCGGUCAGUAUCAUGAUGACUUCUACUCAACAGCAUCGUCGAUGGCAUCAACUUCAAAGAUUGAGAUUCUUCAUCACAAUGAGAAUCUCAGUGAACGUCCGUCUGCAUCACGUGAUCUCGCUCAGUUCAUCUGUAAGAUGAAUCACCUGAAGAACCUCAAACUCUGCGGUCAGUAUCAUGAUGACUUCUACUCAACAUCAUCAUCGAUGGCAUCAUCUGCAAAGGGUAACUGCAACACGAGCUCAAAUGUGAGUGAUCUGACCGUUACUGAUAGGACACUAAACGAAAGGCAGGAUUGUGGAUCGAUGUUUGACAAUGUGAAGAGGAUCACCAUACAGGUACGGCGCACAAUCAGAUGUGACGUCAUCCAGAGGAUCCAUCUUCCAGCAGCGACAGAGCUCACCAUUCAAACAUAUGAGUAUGCUUGGGAACCGGCUUCUCUCCACGAUGAUCCCACUUCACUACCCAAUGCACUUCACAAAGUCUCAUUUCAGCUUGUCAAGGUCACAUUCACAGAUCUCAACAUCGGUAAUAGUGAGGUUAGAAACAUCAUUCAAGCUUUCAGAUCAUCGGACGACCUCAAACUUCUGAAGAUCGCAAGAUUCAUACGAUGUGGGACUGAUGAGAGAUUAGAUUGUUCUAGUAUUGAUUCCGAUGAUGAACAUAAGGUAAAUGUGGCGAUAGAACAUGGCAAACCAGUGGGAAUGGAAAGGGUUACCGUGGCAGACGAAGCUUGA